UGACCAGCUGGAGUGUUCGUGGAGACGCGUGUGUGUGCGUGUGUGUGUGCGUGUGUGUGUGUGAGGUGCUAUCCACACCUGCCCCGCCACGCAAUGCUAACACACCUGUCUGCCACGCCGUGCCACACCUCCAUACCCACCCACGCCCUCCCACGCCCUCCCACGCCACAUCCACCUGCCCAUAUAGUGUCUGACUCACCGUGGCGUGAAAUGCUUAGUGAGAUUAGAGAAUUGUGGCCAAAAAUGGGAGUGCUUACGAAGGUGGAGGUAGCGGUGGUGGAGGUGAAGCUGUUGGUGGUGGUGAUGGUGAUGGUUAAAGGACCUGAGUCACGUGUUUGUGAGUGAACGGCACGCCAGAAACACACCAUCCUGGGCUGUGUACACUCACGUAAGGAUGGAGGGAUGGAAGAAUAUAACUGACACUAUGGGUGGUGCGGCUGUAAGAGUGUAGAUGUGUGAAGAGGUGACUGAAAAAUAAAUAAAUAAAUAAAAGCUGACAGUAUGGGAAGUAUAAGUGUUGUGACUGGGUUUACUAGUGGUCCGGGUGUUGUGAAGUGGGUGUUGAACGUUGAAAGCAUAAAUAUACACCAGGUGAACAGCAUUGAUUGAUUGAUUAUUUCAUGCAACACUGAUGGGGAAAAAAAAAGUAAGAAUGCAGUCAACAAGAAGUGAAUGAAAAGUGUAUUGAGUGUACAACAGUGAAUAUCAAGUGAGAAAUUGUGCUGCUGGUGAACUGGGAAGUGAAUGUAUAAGGGAGGUGUGCUGAGUGUAAUAUAAGCAUCGAAGUGUACUGAGGAAUGUUCAAGGGAGGUGUACUAAGUGUAGCGUAAAAUAUCCAAGUAUACUUUGGCUGGUGUACUGAGAAAUGUAAUGAGUGAGACUAUUACACACAAAAGCCAGCCAAGCAGUCAUCGAGAAUCUGACAUGACACGCCGGUAGUCUUCGAUUGACUGAGAGAAAGUGAACAGCGACAAAAUGCAGAGAAAUGAGAGAAAAUAACGUGUGGAGGAUCUUAUAGCAGGUGAGAAAAGUUGAACAAUGAAAUAAUAAGUAAACGCACAAAAAGGAGACAAAAUAGCGUGUGUGUGAUUGUCUGGGCGAUUGAGACAAAGUGAACAGCAAGAAAAACCCAUAAAAAAAAAAAAGCAAAUGGUGGUGAUCGUUUACUCAACUGAGGGAAAUUGAACACUAAAUAAACCCACAAAAAUGAGGAAAAAGACAAAGAAACAGAACAGCAAGUAAAAAAAAAAUGAGAGAAAUAAAACAAGAGAGACAAGAAACAAGUGAAAAGAAAACUGUGGUAAUUCACUGAUGAAAAGAAAGAAAACACGUCCGGUAGUCUUCUUCACUUACAGAAAAGAAAGAAAAAGGCAUGAAAAGGAGAUUUAUACGUGUACCACCAGUGACAGGAGAAAACACGUGUACCGCCAGUGACAGGAAGAUAGCACGUGUACCGCCAGUGACAGGAAGAUAGCACGUGUACCGCCAGUGACAGGAAGAUAGCACGUGUACCGCCAGUGACAGGAAGAUAUCGUAUGUACCGCCAGUGAUGAGAACGCUACCUUGCCUCAUGGGACUGACCCACAUCAUGAAGCAGGUUUGUGUAGCAUCGCACUGUGGAAUGGAGGCGACACACUAAUAAGAGAUACCAAUCAUGCACAUCACAGUGAGGGUGCUGUGUGCUAGUGCCAAUUAGUGUGGCCAGCAAGAGUGCCAGUAAGAGUGUGCUCAGUACAAACACUGCUAGUAACAGUGCCAGUGCCAGUUAGUGUGCCAGGAGAAGUGUCGCAUCUUACAAGAAAGGAAUGGACACACAAACAAACAAAACACUACAGCCAUGAACAUGUUAGCGAGAGUCUUGUGAGUGCCAGUGCCAACGCGCGGUGGAGGUGCCAACAGGUGCCCCGAGGAUGAGGAUGGCGGGACAAGAGGACAUCAGCGCGAAGGCACAGCAGCGGCUCAUGGGGCGGCGCGGGGUAAGCCGUCCGCCUUACCCCAGUGACCUCACGCUGAGGAUUGACAACUUCACCUCUGGAGCCAGCACGCCCUCGUACACGCCCACCCCGCCCUCGUACACGCCCACCCCGCCCAGGCCACAGUACGAGCCGAAGGGUUUCCUGGCGGAGGUGGCGCAGGAGAGACGGCGAGAGGCGAGGGUGUCGAUGCCGCUGUUCCUGGAGGAGGUACCCUACAGCAGGAUGUCCCUGCCGCCUAUCGUGCCUGUUGAAGUAAGGACGACAUCCAGCCAUUUUACUGUGGAGGGGACUGAGGUGGCGGCUCUCAUCCACACAGCCAGCCACAUCUCCCUCAUAUCGAGCGCCCUGGUGCAGCAGCUGGGAGUGAAGCAGGACGUCCUUCCCGACACCUCCGUCCCUCCGUCCCCCUUAGCGGCCUGUAGCGGCACGCCGUGGCUGGUGGAGGGCAAGAUGCGCUACGUGGAACUUUCCCUGCGCGGCUCCAAACACGUCACGCAGCUGCACGUCGCGCGCGACCUUCCCACGGACCUGGUGCUGGGCGUGGACUUCCUAAGGAAGGCUCGCGUGCACGUCAGCUUCCCGGAGAGUGCCAUCACCCUGCCCAGCGGGGGCACGCAGGAAACCAAGGUGGCCUUUCUUACCACCAAGGAGAUGACGCAACACCACAGACGCACCACCAACGCCGCCGCCGCCACCACCACCACCACUACCACCAACAAUUGGGCGGCGCGCUCCUAUUCUUCCAAUUACUGACAGUGAGCAGCUGACUCGGCAGCAGGAAGAGGACAAGCAAGAGAUGAAGAGAACUGGAUUUUCUUCUAGCAGCUUCUGACGGUGGACACCAAGAGCAGCAGAGGAAGGCGGGAGAUCCCUAAUGUCGCAAUGUGUUAGUCCCUUGUGUACAGACCACUGAGUCCCGCUCCCACCCCUCAUUCCCUUACGUACAAGUUAAAUACACGCUGGAGUCAC